AUGAGCUCCGCGAUGCGUGAUUUGAUCUCGGGAGAGGCGGAGCUGGAUGACGAGGAAGAUGACGAGUCCUUUGACGAAGAGACCGGCGAGGAGCGCCGGAGGAAGCCUUCCGCCCAUAUCGAUGACUCUAGCGAAGAGGAAGAGGACGACGAUGACGAGGAAGAAGCUCGCAAGAUCCGCGAGGGCUUCAUCGUUGACGAAGACGAAGAGGAAGAAGAGGCCGAGUCUGACGUCGAGAGUCGACCCGUAAAGCGAAAGCGAGAGCAUCGGAACCGAGAAGAAGAAGAACUACUCGACGAAGAAGAUCUGGAGCUCAUUGGCGAGCAAUUUGGAGAGCAGCCAAAGCCUCAGGCGCCUUCAAAGUUCAAACGCCUCAAACGUGGCCACCGAGACGAGGACGAUGCCGCACACGAGAAGCGAGGGUUGGAAGAGAUCUUUGCAGAUGAGGAAGACGAUGCCGCCGAGCAACGCAGCUAUGGUCGACCCGGCUUCCGUUCCCAAGUUGACGAGUUCGAUGAUUUCAUCGAGGAGGAUUACCCCGAGGACGAGGACGAGCGCAUACGCCAGCAGGAAGAUGCCGAAGUCGCCCGCCCUAGGGAUCGCGGUGUCGGAGGCGUUGUUGAUACUACUGGCCUUGACAAGGAUGCCCUGGAUGACAUGGAGGCCAUAUUCGGCAACGGCGAAGACUACGACUGGGCGCUUCAGAUGGAGGAAGAGGAAGAGGACAGGGAGAGAGAGGAGCAAGGCAUCGAGCUCAAGGACGUCUUUGAGCCUUCACAACUUAAGGAGAAGCUGCUCACAGACGAGGACAACGAGAUUCGAUUCACGGACGAGCCCGAACGCUUCCAACUCGACCGCAAACCUUUCAAGAACCUGCAGCUCACUCCUGAUCAGUUCAAAGAAGAAGCUCGAUGGAUUACCAACCAGCUGUGGCCGAAAAAGGGCUUGGCCCAGGAACUUCAGGCUCCUUUCGGCAAGGCAGUUGGUAAGGUCCUCGAGUUCUUCAUCGUGGACGAAGUCGAGGUGCCAUUUGUGUUCCAGCACCGCAAGGACUACCUCCUCCACUCCAAAAAGAUCCGAAAGUCCACAAGAGACGACCCCGACGGUCCCGAUUAUACGAUCCAGUCAGACAAGCUGCUGAACCAGGAUGACUUGUGGAGGAUUCUCGAGCUUGACAUCAAGUUCCGCUCCUUUGUGGAGAAGCGGAAUGCGCUUGAGAAGUCGUACGACAACCUCAAGUCCAUGGAUGUCAAGGACGAAAUGGUCGAGGAGAUGAUCCCCGAGGCCACGACUAUGGAAGAGAUUCAAGAUCUGCAAGAUUACCUGCAGUUCCAGUACGCCAACAAGCUGCGAGAUCUCGCUUCUCUCUCCGGCAAUACAUCACAAACGAAACGCCCGGGCUCAAAGUCUUCACUGCUCGAUCGUGUUCGCAAUGGCAAGGCGUAUUACUUUGUCAAGGCAUACGGCAUCACUGCUGAUCAACUGGCGAAGAACGCUCUUCGCCAGGGCCGAAAGGUGGCGCCGGAUGAUCACGAGCAGUACCCGAUGGAUCUUGCUGACAGCCUAACCGAUGAGAGCUUCAGCACCGGCGAUCAAGUCAUUAAUGCUGCUCGUCAGAUGUAUGCCGAGGAGCUCUUUGCCAGCCCUCGGAUGCGCAAGUACCUCAGAGCAUCCUUCUACCAGGCGGCUGAGAUCAGCUGUCGCCGGACGGAAAAGGGACUUCGGAAGAUUGAUGACACACACCCGUACUACGAAAUCAAAUAUAUCCAGAACCAAGCCAUUGCGGAUUUGGUCCACCAGCCCGAAGUAUUCCUGAAGAUGAUGCGCGCCGAGGAGGAAGGCCUCGUGGAGAUCAAGGUCGAGAUGCCUUCGCGGUACGAUUUCCGCAGACAACUAUACCAGGAAUUCGAAUCAGAGAACUUUAGCGAUCGAGCAGAGCAGUGGCGAGAGGAGCGCAGGAAGGUGCUGGACCUCGCCUAUCCCAAGCUGGAGAAGAUUGUGGCCAAGAACAUCAAGGAAGUCAUCCGAACCUUUUGCCAAGAUGAAGUUCUCAAGAUGUGCCGGCAAGAGUUUUACCGCAAGCUUGACCAGGCUCCUUACAAGCCCAAGGGCAUGAUCCUGGGAACCACACCGCGGGUCUUGGUCCUGUCCAAUGGAGGUGGUGAUCCUACACGCGACCCUGUGUGCUGGGCUUGGGUGGAAGAAGAAGGCCGUGUGCUUGAACAAGGCAAGUUUGGCAACCUCGGCCGAGACGAGACUCAGCGCGAGAACUUUGUCGAACUUGUACGACGGCGACGGCCCGAUGUCAUUGGUGUUAGUGGCUGGUCAGCGGAUACGCACAAGCUUGUCCGCGACCUGGAGGGCCUGGUGAGCGAAAAGGGCCUGAUGGGAGCAGAGUUCGAGGACCCCGAGACAAACGACUACCGAACCGAGCUGCUCGAGGUCGUCGUCGUCGAGGACGAAGUCGCACGCCUAUACAAGGACAGCCCUCGCGCCAUCGCCGAGCACCCCUCCCUCAACUCCGUCACAAGAUACUGCAUUGCCCUGGCGCGAUAUCUGCAGAACCCGAUGAAGGAGUACGCCGCACUGGGCAAGGACGUGGCGUCUCUCUCAUUUCAUCCAUGCCAGAACCUGCUGCCCCGGGACAAGCUGAUGAAGUACCUAGAGUCGGCCAUGGUUGAUACCGUCAACAUGGUCGGAGUGAACAUCAACGAAGCCAUGACGGACCCGUACACAGCCAACCUUCUCCCCUAUGUCGCAGGCCUGGGCCCGCGAAAGGCCACCAGUGUCAUCAAGACCAUCAACGCCAACGGAGGCGUCGUCAAUACGAGAGACGAGCUGGUGGGCGACCCGGAUAGCGGCAAGCUGCCCGUUGUUGGGCCUCGCGUCUGGAACAACUGUGCCAGUUUCCUGUACAUCGAAUACGAUGCGACGAAUCCCUCAUCAGACCCCCUCGACAACACCCGUGUUCAUCCGGAAGACUACGAGCUGGGCCGCAAGAUGGCGGCAGAUGCGCUCGAGCUGGACGAAGAGGAUGUCAAGGCGGAGACUGACGAGAACGGACCCGGCGCCAUUGUGCGAAAGCUCUUUAAGCAAGACGAGCAGGAAAGGGUCAACGAACUGGUGCUCGAUGAGUAUGCCGACCAGCUGCAGAGGAACUUUAGCCAACGCAAGCGAGCUACUCUCGAGGCCAUCAGUGCCGAAUUGCAAGCGCCCUACGAGGAGCUGCGAAGGAGUUUUGCGCUCCUUACGCCGUCCGACAUCUUCACCAUGUUCACGGGCGAAACCAAGUCAACACUCUGCGAAGGCAUGAUUGUCCCAGUCAAUGUGCGCAUGGUCAGAGAUGACUUUGCCAUUGUGAAGCUGGAUUGCGGCAUCGAGGGCAGGAUAGAGGGUCACGAGGUGUCGAACCGGGCUUCCGUCAAGGACGUCCUCAGCACAGGACAAACGGUGCAAGCCAAGAUCCUUGAGAUGAACUACAAGGACUUUAUGGCCAAGCUCUCGAUACGGGAGGAGUCUCUGCGCAUCCCCUACAAGGCGCCCAUCAACUUUGGCCGCGACGGCUGGGACUAUGCCCUCGAGGCUGCCGACAAGGAGGAGCUGCGCGAGAAGGACAAGACCACGGGCCGGACGCAGCGCGUGGUGAAGCAUCCCAACUUCAAGCCCUUUAACUCCAUCCAGGCGGAAGAGUACCUGGGCUCACAACCACCUGGCGAAGUCAUUAUUCGGCCGUCGUCCAAAGGCAACGAUCACCUGGCUAUUACCUGGAAGGUUGCCGAUGGCGUCUACCAACAUAUUGACGUGCUGGAAAUGCAGAAGGAGACUGAGUUUUCCGUCGGCAAACUUCUUCGAAUCGGCGGCAAGUACACGUACAGCGAUCUCGACGAGUUGAUCGUGGACCAUGUUAAGGCCAUGGCCAGAAAGGUCGAGGAGAUGAUGAGGCACGACAAGUACCAGAACAGGUCGCGCAGCGAGACUGAGAAAUGGCUCAUCACAUACGUGGACGCCAACCCCAACCGAUCGGCUUACGCCUUUUGCAUCGACACCAAGCAUCCGGGAUACUUUUGGCUGUGCUUCAAGGCGAGCAAGACGGCGCGCGUCAUCGGCCUGCCGGUGCGAACCAUUCCUCAGGGGUUCGAGCUGAGAGGAUACCAGUACCCCGACAUGCGCGCUCUGUGCAACGGUUUCAAACUGCGCUUCCAGAACGAGUUUUCCAAGAUGGGGGCUCGCUAA